AUGUCCCUCGAUGUUGCGCUCCAGUCUGUCGCAUUCUAUGUCCUAUCUUGUAGUACCUGCGCCAAAAUCAGCCAUCGUCGGAAAGCAAAGGCACAGGCUAAGAAAGAGCGGGCGGAGAAAGUUGAGCUGGAAAUAGAGCAACCGGGCCUGUAUCGACAUCCUUCUCCUUUCUCUACGAAUCCGUAUUGGACCGAGGAAAUCAUGAUGGGACCUGGUCCGCCGAAGAAGAACGACAAAGGGGGUAGCAAGAGUACAAGUCAAAUGGCAUUGAAUAAUGCAGAGAGCAGUUAUGCGGGAAGUACUGCUGUGAGUACGGUGCCGUCGAGCAGUCCGACGGUAUUUACGGAGGGGUCGCGGAUAUCUGGCGAAGGUUGGAAUCGAAAACGAUAUCAACGGGAGGAUGAGGCGCUUUGGGGAUUUGAUAUCCAGGGAUCGAGUCAGAAAAUAAAGGAUGCAAUUGCGAAAGCAGGUUCGUCGGCAAGAGACACUGCGGGCCGUCUUCUGGAGACCCGAUUGAGCAGGAGUGCCCCAAUAAAAGAGGAGUCCCCAGGGCCUUAUUAUUUGCAGGCCAAGAAUCCACCGGUGAAUGAUUUACAUCCACCUGUGGUCAGCACACAACCUUCCAGUCGGCAUGAAACAAGAUGGAUGCUUCAACCACCACCCUCGGCGAAAGUGAUGGAGGGCAAAGUCAGGGUGAACAGAAGUCGGGCCGGCAGCAAUACAAGCAGCCAAAGGAACACACUCGGCCGACAAGCGACUGGACGGCUUAUGGAAGAAAGAAUGCAAAAUGAAUCGACCCCUUCACGGACGGAUUCGAGGUCUAAAUCAUUCAUGGAGGAACGUUUACAAAACGAGUUGACCCCUUCACGGGCAGAAUCGAGAUCUAAAUCCUCUAGAUCAAGUCGGCUAAGAGCACAACGUCGAGAACGAAGCCAGUCGCCUUACUCAUCUGAUGAUUCGAUUGAUGUCCCAAGGAGGAAGAGGAAGCCGCUGCCUCUUACCAUUAACAGCCUAGGAAGCUCAUCUCGAGACACAAUCGAGCAAACUUCUGUACCUUUGAAAUCCUCUCGUCCUUCGACGGGAACAUCCGAGAUGAGGGAACGGUCGUCGAGGCCUUUUCUGAGCACAAUUGUGAGCUCUUCGGCCAAUGUCCCCACCAUAAACGGUAUUGAUCCUAAACCACUACAUGAACUCUCCACGCGGGGAACAAAUAGUGCCUUAAAUUCCAAAGACCCAUCACCAUCUUGCCAGCUUUCACCAAACGAGAAUUCCACGCCGGCAUCGAUACAAGACAUAGAUUUGAAAAAGCUAGAGCUUACUGUACCACAACUUGCACACAUACAAAAUUCAGAUUAG